UACGAUCCAACGGCAAGGAAAAUAUCGAGCGACGUUAAAGAAUUCCACGCCUCCGCGCACAGCGGCUCCUCACUCCCCCUCCCCUUCCCCGGCCCACACGUCGCGGUUCGCGAGGCUGCGAAGGGGAGAGAAUCUUGCCCAAAAGAAAGAACAGGCGUACGCAGAAGGGGGAAGCAGCUUGUUUUCGCGCUAAAAAAGCCAGCGAUUCGACUAGUUCUACCUGCCGGAACGAUUGCGGAUUAUUCCCUCGCAAUCGCGGCCGACCUCGGACGCCGGAGCAGGCCCUCUCCGUAAUCUUCAGGCAACCCCCAAUUCGCAGAUCACUUGUGGAGGAGCAGGGGGUGCUGCUUUUCGCAGAUCUGAUUCUCCUGAUCUCGUUUCAUGCUCUGAUUCGAGUCGAAGCAAGAUGGGGAUUCUGUUCACGCGGAUGUUCUCGUCUCUGUUCGGCAACAAGGAAGCUCGGAUCCUGGUGCUCGGACUCGACAAUGCGGGGAAAACCACAAUCCUCUAUCGCCUGCAGAUGGGUGAAGUUGUUUCGACUAUUCCAACGAUUGGAUUCAAUGUUGAAACAGUCCAGUACAACAAUAUCAAGUUUCAAGUCUGGGAUCUCGGUGGGCAAACAAGUAUCAGGCCAUAUUGGAGAUGCUAUUUUCCUAACACUCAAGCCAUCAUCUAUGUGGUUGAUUCAAGUGACACCGAUAGGCUUGUGAUAGCAAAAGAAGAAUUUCAUGCUAUCUUGGAGGAAGAAGAGUUAAAAGGGGCCGUUGUCCUGAUUUUUGCUAACAAGCAGGAUCUUCCUGGAGCGCUUGAUGACGCUGCAAUAACUGAAGCAUUGGAGUUGCAUAAGAUUAAAAGUCGCCAAUGGGCUAUCUUUAAAACUUCUGCUAUUAAAGGGGAGGGCCUUUUUGAGGGCCUCGACUGGUUGAGUAAUACACUGAAGUCAGGAGGAGGCUAAGGUCGAUUAUGGGUUGUCGGGAUAUGAAAUUCAGCGAGUGCGAGCAUGAAGUAGAAAGGGUUUAGUCUCCACUUGGUUAAA